CGCAUUCAGUUUGUCAACGCGUCGCAUGCGUGGUCGUUCGUUCGGGCAGUCCACAGUCGUUCCACCCAAUAUUUUUCGGUAAAUUUCAAACCCAAAACGAGCAGAAGAAGUGCCGUGCCGCUCCGUGCUAGAGUGCCAGAAGUGUGUGAAGUGUCCGGAGUCGAAACUGAAAAAUAUUCAGUUGCAAAUUUCCGCUGUGCAAAAGAAAAACAUAAAAGAAAAUCUCCCCCCGGAAACAUGCCGUCGUACGGUUCAACAGGCUGCCUGCUGCUGGCUUUACUCUCCCUGCUGCUGUGCCUCAAUGCAGCCUCUGCAGUGCUUCGCUGCUGGCGUUGCUCCACGGACGUCUCGAAUGGGGAGUUCUGCAACGAUCCCUUCCAGCCGGAUAGCAUCUCGGAGCAGCAGCGCUACUGGAGCUACGUCAACUGCACCUAUUCGGUGGGUGUCAAGUCGGUGAAUGCGCGUCCCGUGUGCAAGAAACUGGUGCAGGAAGUGUACGGCAAGCGGGUGAUUUCGCGCUCCUGUUUUUAUGAGGACAUGGACGAUCCGGCAGACAAGUGCGCCAUGGACCAGACCUCGUCCUACAUCAAGACCGUUUACUGCCGCACCUGCACCACGGACGGCUGCAACGGAUCCGGCGGCAUAUCGCCGCUGCUGGCACUCCUCCUGCUGCCCCUGCUGCCAGCACUGAGGCAGCUAUGCAAAUGAGUCCCAGGGAGCACAGGGAGUCGGACUUAAUUACAGAUGUGCAAACUGAAUUCAAGCCAUUACAAGAUUUGGCAGCGUUUUGCGUAUUUGGGCUGCCCCCCGGAAUUAAGGAAAUUGAAUUUCUUCAUCGAGUUUUAUAGUCACUAUGCCACAUGCCACACACAGCAUCACAAUUGCACGCAGGACGUAGUAGCGUCACAUUUGUCAUCAUCAAGGACUGCAUCAUGUACACGAAAUGCCACUUGGUCACCCUCUCAAUCAAUCAAUUCAACAAGCAAGCAACACACACACACACACACACUUAAAUUUGUUGUAAUUUGUAUGUAUGUAUUUACAUCUUUGUAAUACCUUUAAUAUUGUACUUGUAAUUGAAAAUGGAAAACGCGCAAGCACGCACCACCCGUCACGUCACGCGGUGUGUUUGUGUGUGUCGCGUAAAUAAAAUACAACAAUAAAUCGUAAUUAGAUGGUACGAAAA